UGAAAGAGAGAAAGAGAGACAGACGGCGGCGGCAAUAUUUGAAGUGAACCGAGGAAAACCGUUAGUCGUCGAUAUCGGGGAAGUGUUUGUGUGAGAGAAAGUGUAUGUGUGUGUCUUUCUCUCUCAGUCUCGGAGGAGAGAAAGAGGGAGAGAGGACUCGCGCGGUGGACAGAAAAUGGUCUUCCCUCUUGUUGUUUUGUGAAUUAUGGCCGAUGUUCGAAGGUGAGACUCGAAGAAACUAGAAAAAAAAAAAAAAAAACUUCAUGGGAAUAAUUCUCCGAUGACAGAGCCAUGUCCAGGAGCGCCGUCGUGAUGCAGGGCCAAGUCAAGGUCGAGGUCCAGAGCCCCGUGAAACCGGACGUCCUGAAGCCGUCGAACGCGGCCAACCUUCAGAAUAUUCCAACGAAAACGCCCAAGGCUCUGUCGAUCUCCGCCAAGGACACCGCCGUCGGCAGGACAGUGCUGGGGUCGAACAAGAACGUCAUCGGUAAAGUCAGCCUGAAGAUCCAGCAACAGGUCAACGGCAAUCCGAGGUCAGGCAGCCUCAGGUCAUCUCCUUCGUCGGUCAGGUCACCUCACAAGUCCCUCACGCCCAUCAGACCUUCCCCAACGGUCAAACUAUCCACUUCUACGUCGAGGUCUCCGUCUUCCCCUUACGUCAGAACGCCCACUUCGGUAUCCAGAGUCGCAGCGCCUUCGUCAGUAGGACUGGGGUCUUCAGGAAUAUCCACCCCAUCGCCCGCGAAGUGCAGGAGGAGGAUAUCCUAUUCGGACGGCGGGGGUGAUGUCCCACUUCCGGUGUCCAGGAGGAACGCCCGGGAAAGGAAUCGGGUUAAAAUGGUGUCUCAGGGCUUCGCCAUCCUGCGGCAGCACGUGCCCCACGCCGCUCGCAAGAAGAAGCUUAGCAAAGUUGAGACUCUCCGCUGCGCCGUCGAGUACAUCCGGGGAUUACAGCUGCUGCUGGAUACUCACCCCACUGUUGUCGUCUCCUCCUCCUCCUCCUCCUCCCCUACCUCCUCUUCCCACCAUCAUCCCCCAGCUAUUCAUUCAGAUCAUCAUCAUCAUCAUCAUCAUCAUCUCCACCAUCUCCAUCAGGGAGUGAUGGGUCCCACCUCCUCCGCCAGCCCCUCCAACACCAACGCCCUCUCCUCCACGGCGGCCUCCUAUCAGCAGCUGCAUCCCCAGGUGUUCCUGCAUCCCCACCACGGCAUCGAACCGCAUAUUCUCAAGCUCCCGACAGCCGAGGACACUUAUCAAAGUAUAGGCCAAAUGAGAUACGACGGUCCCGACGGCGCCUUCCUCCGUACCUCUCCUUGCGACAGCUCCGACGUAUCUCCCACUAACUCCUUCUACGAGCAGAAGUUCACGCCGCCUGGAACUGGAGCGGCGUCCUUAGCGACCACCACGACCUCCCCCGCCGCUAGCACCAUUUCUUCUUCCUCCUCCACCUCCUCCACCUCCUCAACAUCUCCCUCCUCCAGUUUGCCCCUGGGCGUCGUCAAGACCGAAGAGAACGAGGAGAUGAGGAACUACGGCCGGGAAGAGCAGGAUCUCCUGGAGGCGCUGGCGUGGUGGCAGCAUAAUAUUAACUGACUCCGACGUUCCUCAGGGCAGUCCUCCCUAGUAUCUUUUUUUUUUUUUUUUUUUAUGUACUCAGCUGCUUAACUGGCACGUCCUCGUGGUAUUUCGGCCACUUCGUUAAUACAGAACUAGUGACGUUCGAUGUUUUGUUUAAAAGUCGAUUUCUUUACACACAAAAGUUCUUGAGUGUCCAGAAGAGUACCUUCUAGUAAGACAUACCAACUCGAGGUUGGUGAGCUUUUCCCGUUUUCUUUAAUUAUUUAUUUCUCUUCUCCGUACCAAGCUUGAAGAUAUCUCAACGCUUUGGGAUAUCACAUACCACAGGGCAUUUUAAGGUGUAAUCCUGUUUAGUGACAAUUCAGUGGAUAAUCUUGAGAUCUUCAGGAAUUCAACGUAAAGUGUAUGCCCUUUGCACCUAGUCAGACUCAUAUUCAAUUGCAAUGGACAGUUUAUUUUUAAUCCAUGUGACAAUCGUGAAUUAAUGUGGAAGCCUUAAAGACGUAUCAUUAUUUCUCAUCGAUAAGUGUAGUUUGAAAGUUCCUCUGCUGGACGACUCGAAGAAUAAUGGAAAGUUGUUUUUUAUUGAGAAAAUUACGAAAGCAGCCUUCAACUGAAAAUGAGAAGGCAAUAUAGAAACUAAAUGCACAUAAUGAUGAAGUUGUACUGCAGUGAAUUUUUUUAAUGCUUAACAAGAGAAUCUUCCGUUACGUUGCUUUCAUUUUAAUUUUGGCAUCAAACAAUGGUUUACAAUAGGGUUCUACUGUAGCUAACAUAUUUCAUGACACUUGCAUCAGGGUUAAUGAAUCAAUUUUUGAGGAAAACAUGAAUUAAAAGGCAGCUUUCAAGGUAAAAAAGGCCAUCUUAUCUAAGGAAUGAAAGGCCUUCGGUAUUUUUAUCGAAAGUCAAGUGCAGCAUAACUAUGCUUUAAGGAAGAUAUAAAGAUGCAAUUAUCGGAUAAGAAUAUAACAGCAGCAUUAGCAUUCAUAUACUACUGUUAAUUGAAAUUCUGAACACAGAUGAAUCUUAGAGAGCAUUAGAAUUUGAUAAAUUAUGCAACGAUGGAAUGCAUUUUUGUGUUAUUAAAUGCAACAUGUCGUUUUACUGUUUUUCAGGGUAUGUGCAUUUUCACUUGGCAAUUGCAAUGCAUUUAAUGCACAGAAAAUGUUCGUCAAGACGCACUGUUUGCGGUACAAUGCACUUGCACAUUAUUUAUGCUUAG